CAGCAUACACAGCCACUCACAGCCUCUCCUCCUGCAGCCCCCUCCUCCUCCUCCUGUACAAACUGACUUGAUCACUAAGGAAGCCCUUGCAGGCUCUCACUAUUUUACAGACAGCUUCAACUCCAGCAUGGCAACCUGAGCGCAGCACCCAGCUCACACUCAAUACAUUGAAUCCAGUUUGCAGACUAUGACAGGAGUGUACGAGAGGAGAGUACCCACUAUAAGAGCCACUGAUUUUCAGGCUUCUUUUCAAGCUCCAAGCAUCAUGCAUCACCCAUCCCAGGAUUCACCCACUUUACCAGAGUCUACGGCCACUGAUUCUGGCUAUUACAGCCCAGGAGCAGCAGGAACUCAUCCGCAUCAUGGCUACUGCUCGCCCACUUCUGCUAGCUAUGGCAAAGCGCUUAAUGCUUACCAAUACCAGUAUCAUGGCAUGAAUGGAUCAGCUGGGAACUAUCCUGCAAAAGCAUAUGCUGAAUACAGCUAUGGAAGCCCUUACCACCCUCACCACCAGUACAGUGGCGCAUACAACAGAGUACAGGCACCAAGCAGCCAGCCAGAAAAAGAAGUUUCUGAGCCUGAGGUGAGGAUGGUUAACGGAAAACCAAAGAAAAUACGAAAACCACGAACCAUCUACUCCAGCUUCCAGCUCGCUGCAUUACAGAGAAGGUUCCAAAAGACCCAGUACCUAGCGCUGCCAGAAAGAGCGGAGCUGGCGGCCUCGCUGGGGCUUACCCAGACUCAGGUCAAAAUUUGGUUUCAGAAUAAAAGAUCCAAAAUCAAGAAGAUUAUGAAAAAUGGAGAGCUACCACCAGAACAUAGCCCAAGUUCCAGUGACCCAAUGGCCUGCAAUUCUCCACAAUCUCCGGUGGUUUGGGAACCCCAAGCUUCCUCCAGGUCCCUCAACCACCACCCUCAUGUGCAUUCCCACCCUCAAAGCGCCACUAACUCCCCUGCACCCAGCUACCUGGAGAACUCAAGUGUUUGGUAUCAAACAGCUAAUUCUCUCAAUUCCCACCUGCAGAACCAUGGCUCUCUACAACACCCCUUAGCCUUGACAUCAGGAACACUCUACUAAAACACGUUUGUUGUGUUUUUUUUUGUUUUCUGGACUAUCAUUUUACUUUGUUAAGGAUGUAUACAAAAGAAUGCAUAAGGUGGAUUUUUUUUUCUUAAAAAAGUAUAUUGUGUAAAGCUUGUUGCAUGUAAUUUAUUGCAUUUCAAAGGAGACUUUUUUUUACAGAUUGACGUUUAAAUGCAACCGUGGACACUAUAACUGGUGCCUUGAAUCUAUGACCUCAUUUUUUUUUCAAGAGACUUUUUUUUCAAUGUUUAUUUUAUCCAAUGUAAAUAAAUGUAGAUAGAGGGAUUAAACUGUAUAUUCUGGAUAAAUAAAAUUAUUUCCAACACGAAAAAA